UAAAAAUUAGUAAAUUAUAUGACCGCUAUGCUAUCAGCUGUCAGCGUUGGAUUUUGAGGUUAUAUUAUUAAUUUAUUAAAGUCUUCAUCUCAAUAAUUUACAUGAUUAUUGCAAGUAAAUGUUAAACUUUUAUUGAGUUAUUAAGAUCUGAUAUCUUUUUAUGCAAUUCAUUAUAAGCCGUAGAAGCCAUUAUGAGCCGAUUACAAGAUAAUCAAGAGAAAAUUAUUAGUGCUCUGUCUGUUUUAUAUGAAGAAACUGCAGAUCUGCUACAUGUUCCUAGUACGAUAUCACAGGUUGACAGAGAAGAUACUUUACAAUCAGAUUGGUAUUUUGAGUUUUAUAAAGAUUAUGUAUCAAAAAAUAAACCAUUGGUCAUAAAGAAUGGUUGUAUAGACUGUCCUGCAUACGGAAAAUGGAGUAUCGAGUAUUUUAGAAGCAUUAUAUCUAAUAAAGAGGUGACCGUAGCAAUAACACCAAAUGGUUAUGCUGAUGGAAUUGCUGAAUCAUCAUACAAUGGAGAAACGACCAAAUACUUUAUACUUCCUGAAGAAAAAGCUAUGAAAAUGGGUGAAUUUUUAGAUAAUAUAGUUAACCCACAAGAAAAUUAUGUUUGUUACAUUCAAAAGCAAAAUUCCAAUCUGAAUGAUUUUCCUGAACUUUCUGAUGACAUUGGAGAAGGAUACAGCUGGGCAUCAAAAGCUUUUGGUACGGAACCAGAGAAUAUAAAUUUUUGGAUGGGAGAUCAAAGAGCUAUAACAAGUAUGCACAAAGAUCCAUAUGAGAAUUUAUAUUGUGUGAUUGAUGGGUCCAAAGACUUCAUUCUGAUCUCACCAACAGAUUUACCAUAUGUUCCUUAUGAAGAAUUUGAUGUUGCUAAAUAUGAAAACGUCAAUCCGUGUAGCUAUAAAAUAACCAGAGAACUUGAAAAUAAUGUUCAAGCAUCUAUCAAAUGGAUAGCAGUUGAUCCAUUAGAUGAAAAAAGUAUAGACAAAUAUCCACAAUUUGAAAAAGCGAGGAUAUAUAAGGUCCAUCUGGAGAAAGGAGAUAUGCUUUAUCUUCCAAGUUUAUGGUUUCAUCAUGUUAGGCAAAGCCAUGGUUGUAUAGCUGUUAAUUUUUGGUAUGACAUGGAAUUUGAUAUAAAAUAUUGUUACUAUAAAAUGUUGGAAAAACUGUCUGAUUAAAUAUUCCUUUUAUA